UGUUGUGCGUCGGCAGCAGCCGGUUUCACUUCCGGCUCCUCUUUCUCCUCCUCUCACUGCUUCCUCCAUUCCUUCGCGCACGUGUGUUUGAUCGGUGCCGUUCGGUCGCGCCUUCCGCGGGAGAAGGAUGGCGGCGGCGAAUACGGGGAACCUGCCGAUGCGGCUGUUGCGUAAGAAGCUGCACAAGCGGAACCUCAAGAUUCGGCAGCGGAAUUUGGCCCGGCAAGGGGCAGCCGACGACCUGGCUGCCGGCCCAUCGGGAACAGUAACUGUGGACAGCUCAGAAGAGGUUUCUAACAUCUCAGUGGAAGAACAAAUGAAGGAUGUGAAGCAGCCUAAUGUGAUAUUAAAUGCUGAAGAAGCAGGACACACACAGUCUGAACUGAAGAAGAAGAAGAAGAAAAAAAGAAAAAUUGUGAAUGUGACUGAAAAUGAAACUAAAAAAGCAAAAAUUGAAGAAGAAGGUGCUGAAGUAGAUGAUGAGAUGUUGAAUGGGGAGCCUUCCAAAAAAGAAGAUGCUGAAAGUAUGGAUGAUGGAGAAGCAGAUGAAGAUGCUGAUGGACCUGCCUUACCCCUAGGACUAACAGGAGCUUUUGAGGAUACCUCAUUUGCUUCUCUCAAUGGUCUUGUCAGUGAGAACACUUUGAAAGGAAUAACUGACAUGGGUUUUACACACAUGACAGAAAUUCAACAUAAAAGUAUAAAACCACUCCUGGAAGGCAGAGAUAUUCUAGCAGCUGCAAAAACUGGCAGUGGCAAAACCCUUGCAUUUCUUAUUCCAGCAAUAGAACUCAUCUAUAAGUUGAAAUUUAUGCCGAGGAAUGGAACGGGUGUCCUCAUUCUUUCACCAACCCGGGAGCUUGCCAUGCAGACCUACGGUGUUCUCAAAGAACUGAUGACACAUCAUGUUCACACUUAUGGCUUAAUCAUGGGAGGCAGUAAUAGAUCAGCAGAGGCACAGAAACUUGCUAAUGGCAUAAACAUCAUUGUGGCAACUCCAGGCAGACUUCUGGACCAUAUGCAGAAUACUCCGGGGUUUAUGUAUAAGAACCUGCAGUGUUUGGUGAUUGAUGAGGCUGAUAGAAUUUUAGAAGUUGGGUUUGAGGAAGAAAUGAAACAGAUCAUAAAACUUCUGCCAAAACGCAGACAGACAAUGCUGUUCUCUGCUACUCAGACACGUAAGGUGGAAGACCUGGCAAAGAUUUCUCUCAAAAAGGAGCCAUUGUAUGUUGGAGUUGAUGACAAUAAAGAGGCAGCAACUGUAGAUGGUCUCGAACAGGGUUAUGUCGUGUGUCCUUCAGAAAAGAGAUUCCUCCUGCUAUUCACUUUUCUCAAGAAGAAUCGGAAGAAGAAGCUAAUGGUGUUCUUCUCUUCAUGCAUGUCUGUGAAGUACCACUAUGAGCUGCUUAACUACAUUGACCUGCCAGUCCUGGCCAUUCAUGGCAAGCAGAAACAAACCAAACGCACAACAACAUUUUUCCAGUUUUGUAAUGCAGAUUCUGGAAUACUCCUGUGCACAGAUGUAGCUGCCAGAGGAUUGGAUAUUCCUGAGGUUGACUGGAUAGUUCAGUAUGACCCACCAGAUGAUCCAAAGGAAUACAUUCAUCGUGUUGGUAGAACUGCCCGAGGUAUAAAUGGAAGAGGACAUGCUCUGCUUAUUUUACGACCUGAAGAACUGGGUUUCCUACGUUACCUAAAGCAAGCCAGAGUGCCACUAAAUGAAUUUGAAUUUUCUUGGGCCAAAAUUUCUGACAUCCAGUCUCAGCUGGAAAAAUUGAUUGAGAAAAACUAUUUUCUUCACAAGUCAGCCCAAGAAGCGUACAAGGCCUAUAUACGAGCAUAUGAUUCCCAUUCUCUGAAGCAGAUUUACAACGUCAAUAAUUUGGAUCUGCUCAAGGUUGCCCUUUCUUUUGGUUUCAAAGUCCCGCCGUUUGUGGAUCUCAAUGUAAACAGCAGCCACGGGAAGAGACUGCAAAAAAGAGGUGGCGGUGGAGGAUUUGGCUAUCAGAAGUCAAAGAAUGUUCAGAAAUCCAAAAUUUUCAAGCAUGUUAACAAGAAAAAAUCUGAUAGCAGACAAUUCUCUCGCUGAAGGGCUUACUCAGUGUUAGUUGAAAUGGCUAAAAAGAAAAGUAACAUCUUUACCCCAUACUGUAUAGCAAAUAAUACAUUCAAUAUAGAAUUGUUAUGCUAUACCUAUACUUUUAAAACAUUCAUUUCUGCAGUCCACCAGGAGCUCAGCACCGACACAUGAAUUCCUAUGAGCUCAAUAGAUUUCCCCAGCCAGCCAGCCUGCCUGUGCACAUAGGCAUGUACAUAAGGAGCAGGAUGGGCCAUCAGGGAAAAUAAGAGGUCUGUGUGCCUAACCAGCCUCCCCUUCCCUCCUCCUGCCCUUGCCUUGCCACAUAGUGCAGUUUGUUCAUUCUCCAAAUCUGUUGUGCCCAUGAGAAUCAUCUACUCAUGGAUGCUGUUCUCACAGUGGACUGAAUCAUGCCCAAAGUAUAUUUUUUAAUAUUUUGUUUUCAUGUUGUACUAGAGUGCACUCUUUAAAUUUAAAGUGUGCUAUAUUUUCUUCCCAGGUUUCUUUAAGUAGUUUGGCAGUUACGGACAUUUGAAUAUAGGCCAUCUGUAAAUUUUAGAAGGAUGAUGAUAAUAUAAUACAAUUCUUUUUUUCCUAUUCAGUGUUUCUGUAUUGAGACAAUCUUUCUUACAUUCCUUUAAAAAACAAAACAAAUAAACAAACAAAAACCCCGUAAA